UAAUAAAUAUAUAAAUAAAUAAAUAAAUACUCAUAGUAGUAUAAUAAUCAAAUCGAAGACUAAUCUUUCUACUCUCUUUAGCUCACAGCUUUUCUUCUUUCUCUCUCUCAAAACCGAUCCUGAAAUUCAUUUCUUCCUCCAUGAAAAUACUGCUAAAUUAGGCAUAACCUGCCUUUAUGAGAAUGGGAAAAUCGGGCGUCGGAAAAUCUGCAGGAACCAGUGGCACAAAACACAAUUCUAAACAAGAGACUGCAGAGAAAGCGGAUGAACGUCCUGAUUGGUUGCCGGAUGGCUGGAAUAUUGAAGUCCGAACCCGAAAAAGUGGUCCGGCUGUGGGAUCUGCAUAUAAGUGCUACGUUGAUCCAUUGAAUAUACAUAAAUUCUAUUCCAAACCUGAGGUACUGCGACAUCUUGAAACUACAAAGGACAGCAACUGCUCUUCCAAGAAGAAGAAAGGCACUAGCAAGCAAUCUCCAAGCAAGGAGGAGGAGGAGGAGGAGAAAAGUAUCGACAAGCAAUUUCCUAACAAAGAGAAGCAGAAGCGCACUAACAGUAACCAACAUUCUUCAAGUAAAGAGGAAGAGAAAUGCAUUAACAUGCAUUCUACAAGCAAGGGGGGAAAGAAAUUAGCUAGCAUGCACUCUCCAAAAAAUACUGCAGAGAAAGCUGAUGAACGUCCUGAAUGGUUGCCUGAUGGCUGGGACAUUAAAGUUCAAACCCGAAAAAGUGGUCCGGCUAUGGGAUCUUCAUAUAAGAUCUACAUUGAUCCAUUGAAUAUAUAUAAAUUCUAUUCCAAACCCGAGGUACUACGUCAUCUUGAAACUACAAAGGCCAGCAACUGCUCUUCGAAGAAGAAGAAAGACACUAGCAAGCAUUCUCCAAGCAAGGAGGAGGAGAAAUGCACGGACAAACAUUCUCCAAACAAGGAGGAGGAGAAUUGCAUUAACAAGCAUUCUCUAAACAAAGAGAAGAAGAAGCGCACCAACAAUAACCAACAUUCUCCAAGUAAAGAGGAAGAGAAAUGUAUUAACAUGCAUUCUCCAAGCAAGGAGGAAGAAGAAUACAUCAACACGGAUUCUGGAAGCAAGGACGGAGAGAAAUUCACUAGCAUGCACUCUCCAAACAAUGUUGCGGGCGAGAAGUCCACUGAAGAGGAUCUACCCCCUGGAUGGAUUAAAGAAGCAAAGAUUAGGAAGAACAGAAGGAAAGAUUGGUUAUAUAUUGAUCCAGCGAGUGGAUAUGUAUUCCAUUCCAAGAAGGAUGUACUGCGUUAUCUUGAAUCUGGAGAUAUAGACAAAUGUGCUAUGAAACCAAGUAGAAGACAAAAUCAAGAUGAAGACAACUCAACUCCUGCUGCCAAAAGACAGAAACCCAAGCAGUCUACACCCAGGCAGAAGAUAUCUGUUGCCAAAGAUCCAGCUGAAAGCUUAGAAUUGCCUGAUGUUAACAGCUCAAUGAAAGGGCAAGAACCUGUUAAGUUGGCUGACAAUGUUCUCAAUGAUCAGACUCCUAUAGUUCCAAAAAGAAACUUGAGAAAAAACAGAACCACUCUAGCCGCUGACAUGGAAAAAUCAUCUCAGCAUCUCAAUGGUGUCCCAGAAAUUGAGCAACCAAAGGCAAUGAACACGAUAACCACUCGUACCAACUCAAACAAAUUUAGUAAGAAGAAAGAGCCCCACAUUCCUUGUCGGGCUUCAAAACGAUUGGCUGGAUCUGAAAGCAAAAGGUCUAAAGAAGUCAUAGCUGAAUCUCAGCUAAGUGAGAGCGGGCCAGAUCAUGCACCAUUAACUGGAGAGUCGCAAAAUAAAAGAAGAAAAACUCCUUUAGUCCUACCUGCUGCAGACAAUCAAUUGGAAACACUUGAAGUGGAUGACGAUAAAUCAGAACCUCAGCUGUCCUUUGCAUUCCACUACUCUUGGUCUGACCCAUGUUUGGAUUAUGCAAUCAAUACCCUCACGGGUGUGUUACCACCAGUUGAUAAUUCUGUUGAUAAAGGACCGUCUUCAGUCCCUGAAACUGAUAUUCAAAAACCUACUUUUGACACUGUCACGGGAAGCAGCAGGGACAGUCAAAACAAUUCAGUCGAUAAUGGACCCACUACUGUACAUGAAACUGAUAUUCAAAAUCAAAACAAUUCAGUUGAUAAUGGACCCACUAUACAUGAAACUGAUAUUCAAAAUCAAAACAAUUCAGUUGAUAAUGGACCCACUAUACAUGAAACUGAUACUCAAAAAACAUUGAUUGACAAUGUUACCAGAAGAAGCAAGGACAGUCAAAGCAAUUUGCUUGACAAUGUUACAAGAGGCAGGGACAAAAAUGCUUCAGUGCAGUCAAAUAAAUCCAAGAGAAAGAAAGAGGUCAAAGAGGUCAAAGUCCCUAUGCGGUUGUCAAAGCGACUUGCUGGCGUUGAACCGGAGGCCAAACCUUCCGAUAAAGCUCUUGAAUAUUCAAGUAAAAAAUCAAGCAAAGCAGCAGCCACUCCAUCUGUACUUUUAACUAAUGGAGCAUCUGACCAUGUCCAUGCUGGGGAAGAAGCCAAGCUUACUCCUCAUGUGUCUGACAGUUUGAAAACAGAAAUGCUAGGAAAAUCAUCAAGAAAGAGCGGUAAAUCAUGUGAUGACCAAACUGUUCACAAGGAACAACAAUUGGAGAAAGCUGAAGCUGAAAAUAUUAGUGAUGAUAGAUCAAAGCCAGAGCUUACCUUGCCAUUUGAUGAAUCUUGGUCAGACCCAUGCCUAGAAUUUGCAUUCAAGACUCUUACUGGUGCUUUGCCUGUUGAUUCUGCUGCAGAGAUUUUAAAAGAGUCGUCUCCUGGUGUUGGUGACCCGCCAAAUAAUGAGUUGCAUGGGAGAGUAACAACCAGCAUUAAUGGAAAAACUCAUGACAACUCAAAUGAAUCUCUAAACAAUAAAGAGCUUGAUAUGGCUGGCGAAUCUUCAAAGCUGCUGCUUGGGCAACCUGAGUUGAUGACAAGCUCGACAUGUGGCAAAAAUAUGGAUGGCGAGUCUUCAGAGCUUCUGCUUAGGCAACCUGAGUUGAGGACUAGCUCAACAUCUGACAAAAAUAUGCCUAUGGAUGGCGAGUCUUCAGAGCUUCUUCUUAGGCAACCUGAGUUGAGGACUAGCUCCACAUCUGACAAAAAUAUGCCUAAGUUUACCAACGGAGAAUCUCAGAGUCAUGAAGGCAACAUAAUAGGGAAUUUGGAACCUGUGUUGAGGACUAGCUCCUCAUCUAACGUUGGAGAAUCUCAUAGUUAUGAAAGUGAAAUGAUAAGGAAUUUGUUUGAAGAACCUCCAUUUGUUGAAGCUGAAAAUACGACCCAACUUCUGGAUCAUUCUAGAACUAAUGCAUACCCGCAAAAACAAGAAGAGCAAUUAAAGAAAAAUGACCAGGUUGAUGAGGGUGAAUUUGGUACAUCGGAGCAACCACCGCCUUUUCAAACUGAAACCUUAAACCAUAACAAUACUGAAUUACAGUUCUGCGAGUCUUUUAUGAAUACUUGGUCAGAUCCAUGCCUAGAAUUUGCAUUUAAGACCCUUACAGGUGUGAUUCCAGUUGAGGAAAAUUUAGGAAUUCAAGGAGGUACCCAGGAACCUUCCGACUGUCAAAGUGGAAGAGACGAUGUAUCAGCGUUGCCAGAUUUUGGAUCUUCCAGUUUUUCUCAAAGUGAUUUCUCAUUUCACUUUGAUACAGGAGUGAAGUCCACACCAGGGCAGCAAUUGCCAGGGCAGCAAUCAUCAGUGAGCUCUUCAUUCCCAUCUAUGAGCCUGCAAAGUUGUCCCGGAGUUGAUCCACAACAACAAUAUUCCCAGUUCAAUAAUAAUUUUCAGAGAAGGUAAACUCUUAUUUUUGUGACUGGUUUCGGGUUAUAAUCUAUGACUGUACUUUAUUAGGUUACAAAAUCCUUUUGUUGUAAACUAUGUUAUCCUUUACUGUGCUAUCUAACAACUGUGGUAUUAUGCAUUUAUAUCCAAUGUUAUUAUCAAUUGUAGUAUUGUA